CAGCUGAGGGGUACGGGUGGUGGCUUUGGGUCGCGGCGUGCCCAGGGGUUCUGGUUCGGUUCGGCGAUGUCUGACCCAGCUCAGCAACCUGCUCCUGGGGCCCCCGAAGGGGCAGCCCCUGGCGGGGGGCCCCCUGGGCCACCCCCCAAUCUGAGCAGUAACCGCCGGCUGCAGCAGACACAAGCCCAAGUGGAGGAGGUGGUUGAUAUAAUGCGUGUAAAUGUAGACAAGGUGCUGGAACGAGACCAGAAACUGUCAGAGCUGGAUGACCGGGCAGAUGCACUUCAGGCUGGUGCCUCGCAAUUUGAAAGUAGUGCGGCAAAACUCAAAAGAAAGUACUGGUGGAAGAACUGCAAGAUGAUGAUCAUGAUGGGAGUGAUUUGUGCCAUUGUGGUGGUGGUGAUUGUAAGUAAGUACCCAAAAACCCAGGAUCAAAGGUGAACCAACUCUAAAGUGCUUUAAGCUCUCUUCAUUUUUGUUUUAAGAUCUGGAGGGUCUUGAUUGCAUAAGUGUUAACUUCAGCCCUUGGGGGAGGGAGGUGGCCGUGCUAGAACUCACACUUAUAGUAGAAAUAGUAUGCUUUACUAAGUAAGGGAAGGAAUUGGGGGUGGUCAUCAUUAUACAAAUGGGAAAUUCUGUCUGCCAGGUCAGGUAAAACUGUAAGUAUGAGGGGCAUAUACCCUGGAAUUGGGUGGGUUGGCAAGUCCCUUCCCUGAUGGGGGAAUAUGGAGGUCUCUCAGGGAUCUUUGGUGUAACUUGCCCUUUUGUUCUUUCCCUCUUUUUCCUGUUGCUUUGUCUCCAGUCUACUUUUUUACUUGAAUGUAGCUCCUUGGGUCUGCAGCCUACUGCCCCCUGUCACCUUGCCUGUCUCUUCUUGCCCGUGAAUCUUCCCUUCCCUUCCACCCAGCUUCUUCAUUGAUUUCUUUAUUGGUUUUAAUUUGUCUUCUGUAUAGGACUCUGAAGUGCUCUACUGAACAUGGUUAGACUCUUCAACAGCUGCUGCAGCACUAGAGAGGGUCAUCUGAGUUUAGAGGAAAGGGAAGUAGAGGAGGAGUGGGUAGCUAUUGCUCCUGCUCUUGUGCAGGGAGUUUUUGUGGUUUAUUUUUGGGUGUGAUCUUGUCAAAUAGUGCCUGUGUGGACUUUAGUAAAAUAAGAAUGCCUUAAUGCUGUGCCUUUGGGAAUGAAGGACUUCAGCAUGUGAGAUUCUUUAGUGUUCUGCCUAAAAAGAGUGGCAGCAUGACUUAAGCUUUUCAUUGAGCUUCUGAAAUAAAGGCUAGUUUGUGUUAGUCAGUGACUGUGAGCCAUCUGACUGAACUAGACAGUCAUCUGGAUUUCUCAAGUAAUGGAGAGAUGAGCACUUGAAGAAACAAUUGAUACUGCUGUCUGAACAUGGCUGCUUCAGUUAUUGUAAAGGAGAGCCUACAUGAUUACCUCAGUCAAGUGCAACAGACUAAACAGCAAAAGGAGGUUUGUUACUAUCAAAAAGGCAUGUGUGGGAGUAAAUCUCCCUCCAGAAGGAACAAAAUGACAAUAAGGAGCCUAGUGGAGGGGUGUCAAUCUUUUCAUCUAUGCAGACACAAGCCAGGGCCCUGUGGCUUUCUACUGUGUUGUAGCUUUCUGGAAGACUUUGGGGUAGCAGGAGAAUGGGAAUGGGUGUGUUGCUUUUGUUUUACUGGGUUGAAUGUUAGAGGUAGUCUACUCUGUAGCAGAUGGAGGUGAAGGAGGCUGAAUGUAUUUGAGAUGAGACUGAACGAGCCACACAGCUUCAUGAUUACCUGUUCUGUUUCUCCUACCACAAAGCCCUAACUUUUAGCAGGGAUUAGAAAAUACUUUGGUCAGCUAGGGAUUCAAAGGGAAAUGCUGCUAUGGGUGUGAGUCUUGUAAAAUGACAUCAGAUAUCCCAGUUUGACAGAUUAGAUCUCUAGAGAUCUUCCCUAUCAAACUGAAAUCCUUCUGCUUGCUAUGAAUUCUCUUGAAUUUAUAUCCAAUGUGGUCUCUCCUGGAAGUAAAUUUGCAGCAUGGAAUGCUAUGGCUUUCUGUAAGCAAUCUCCCAGUUCUCCUUCAAAAAUACAUAAGAGCUGGAAAUUAAUUGCUUGAAUGCAUUGUUAAACCUGCAGUUAAAUGAGCUGCCCUGUACCUCAGUUUCUGCAGAGUCUUCUGAGAAAUGUCUAUCUUGUCUUUCACAAGCUGAUCUACGGCCUUUAAUUUAGGCUGGAAAAAGGGCACUUUAAUUUAGGAAGCUUGGCCUUGGUUCUAGAAUGCACUGGGAUCUGUCUAGACUUAAGAGGAUGCAUGGAGGCAGGGGGCAAUAUCACUGGAGUUCCCAGAUGGGAGUGAAGUUCAAAAGCUGGGAGGAAACAGAUGUUUUGUUUCAUUGUGUGCCAGGGAAGUCCCUUUCAUCCUCACAGGGCAUCUGGGAAGGGGCUAGGUUUUGCAUGCUCACUUCCAUACUGCAGCAUUUCAUUUGCACCAAGUUCAUCUCCCUGCAAUUCCAUCCCUCUCCACCUUGGGUGAGGGCAGAGAUGAAGAUCUGGAGUGAAGCAGCCCUCGUCCCCUGAGCACUUCCCUAAUUCCCUGUGGAACUGAGAUGUGAAGGAUGGUCAGAAGUGCAUCUACUGAAGAGGAGCCAGGGCCUGCUUGUACUACUUACUGCUAUCCUUUUAGGGGGUGGGCAUCCAAGCUCGAGGCCCCCAGACCAGCAAUUCUCUUAUUCUUCUAAACAUGCCUUUGGUGCCCCAUUCCUCCUCUUUCUCUAGGGGCUGAGGUUCCCCCUAGGCUGUCUCUUCCAUUUCUUUUUCUCAGAUGUUGUAUGUUGCCUCUUCUGCUCCCCUUCCCCUCCCCUGUGUCUCUGCAUGGGCAAAAAAAAAAAAGUCACCAAGGUCCUCUGAGUAAAAGCAAGGGACUCUGCUGUCCUCAGCAUUACAGCCACUCACGCACGUGUGGUUUAUUUCCUUACUCUAUAAACACGACUGUAAUCUCUGGCAUGUUAUAGUAAUCAGCUCAUGUACUUUAAAUGGUCUCUAAGAAACACAAUUCACCACCUUA